GAUGAAAGGUCAAAUGCCAUUUUUUAGUCUAAUCGGUAUGGAUAUGAUGGGUUGCCAGGAAUCAAGGAGAGAAUAAUUUUUUAUUUUUGUUUCCAGCGAAAUAUUAAGUUCAAAACGUUUGGAAUCUUAUCAUGCCAUCAGCUCCUUCUUUCUUUUUUGUCUUUAAUUAAGCGAGGACGUGGGAUCUCAUCUUGUAACAUGUGGAGUCCAGCGAGGCAAUCAUAGAUUUGGAAGUAUUUACGAAAGUAGAAGAGAAGGGCGAAAGCAAAAGCAGAAAGAAGAAGAAGAAGAUGAUGAAGGUUUGGAUGUUGGUUUUGGUGUUGAGUAUCAGUGCGAUUGGGUUUUGUAAUGGACUAGAUCUACCACCAUGCCUCACGCCGCUAUCUCCAUGCAUUAAUUUUUUGAACUCCACUGACCCACCCCAAACUUGCUGCAAUCCAAUCAAAGAAAUGAACGCAGCCCAGAAUUCAUGUUUCUGCGAACUUGCAUUAACUCCUCCUGGAGCACUUGAAGCUUUGGGUAUCACUAUCCCUCAGGCUCUUCAACUUGCUCAAUCUUGCGGCGUCAACUUCAAAAUCACCUCCUGCAAAGCUCCGCCUCCGUCGUUGCUGCCGCCUUCGGCAACGGUGGGAGGUGAUGAAGGAGGCACAUGCAGAGCUACAUUCAGUGGGUUCUCCUUCGCACUGUUCUUGGGUGUUUACGCUGUGUUUAAUUAGGAUGAUUAAUUUUCCCUUCACAAAACCUUGCUUGGAUUCGAGUUAAUAAUUAAUUUCCAUUGUUCAUCAAUA